AUUAGGCUUGCGGUUGUGCAAUAUGAUGGUUGUUGAAUAGGUAGAUAGAGGAUAACUUCGAACAAAAAUCCCAAAUUGAUGGCAAGAAACGAAAUUUGGAUUAGCUUUGUAUUUUUUUUGACAACAGGAUGUUAUAUUUUUCUACACAGUAAGCUGACGUCACAAGUGAUAAAAGAGAUAAGAGUUCAAAACAUGAGCGAUACAAUGAAACGAAAGUUUGCAGAUGAUAAUUUAGCACAUAAUCCUAAAUUAACUAUGAAACAAAAUGAAAUGCUACAACAGAUUUUAACUCGAGCAAAGAACAAGACGAAAUAUAUUCUUGAAUGGCACGGGAGAAAACAUGUAAUGGAUUACAAAAAUUUGCCUCCCGAGAUUUGUGGAAAAUGCAUAAUCACGCAAAAUAGGAGCAUGAUAUACCACCCGGACACAGGCGCAGUUAUCUUCUUUUAUAAUCAUUUCAAUUCUUCGGACAAUCCCAUUAUUAGACGGACUGAUCAGCUACACGUUUGGUACACUGCAGAGUCACCAGCAUCAAUAUACACAAUGCGAAAUAUGUAUUUGAAAAAGGAAAACAGAUAUCGUUUUAAUAUAACACAGACAUAUAGGAGAGAUUCGGGCAUUUACCAUCCAUACGGAUCAUUGAAUCAAAUUUUGAAAGACAAAAUGGAUAGAAAAGAACACGAAAAUAUUUCAAAAUUAUUAGUUAAUAAAACUGAUGUUGCAGUUGCCGUUGUAUCAAACUGCGACAGCACUCCGGGCGCUGCAGUACGAAAAGAGCUGAUCGAGAAAAUGAUAGAAUUUGGAUUGGAAGUGGAUACUUUUGGAAAAUGUUUUGAUAAUAUUAAAACAGAGAAGCACCAUGAUUUCGAAAGUUCUCUUCAAAAAUAUAAAUUUUAUCUGGCUUUUGAAAACGCAUAUCACUGUCGAGAUUAUAUUACAGAAAAGUUCUUCAUAAAUGGUUUAAGAGCCGGUAUACUUCCAAUAGUAUGGGGAGCAAAGAAAGACGACUAUGAAGCCGUAGCACCUACAGAUUCAUUCAUAUUUGUAGAGGACUUUCCUUCAAUUAAAAGCUUUGUAGAAUACAUAAAGUUUUUGGAUUCAAAUGACAACGAGUAUUUAAAAUAUUUCAAAUGGAUUGAAAGGGGAGUAUUGUCACUGCCAAUGCACGGAAGGCAAACUAGAUUAUGUCAGUUAUGUCGUCAAAUUCACGGAAUUAAUGUUGAAGAUAUUUAUGAUCCUUCGUACAACGCAACAAACCCCGAACGACCGGUGUUCACCGAAAAAAUUGCACGACGGGAAGUUCGUGAUCUUCGGACAUGGUUUUACGAAACCGAAAAUAAAGAAUGUUUUCAACAUCGAAAGACAAGCAUCAAACGAAUGUUGAAUUUCACUGAUUUUUAAAAUAUAUACAAUUCACCAGAAAAGACUUUCUAGAAAGUUGUGUUUUAAAAUCACUGUAUCGUUUUCAUGAGGAAUUGUAUUUUUUUUGGUUAUAUAUUUUAUGUUUCCGCAAUUUUACGAGCCCUUGUUCUACUUAUUAUUCUUUACAUUCAAGAUUAAAACAAAUUUUAUUUGUCUAUUUUUGAUACCUUAUACUUCGUUCGCAAUGGAAGUUGUAUAAGGUCGUCCGAAUACCUACUAAUGUUGUUCGAUAACAUAUCUUCAAUGGCGGUGGUAUGCCCACAAUCUAUUAAAUAUCUAAAACGCACUCUUAAUCGCGACGCAUCUUGUACACCACUAAAGUAAACUUAUAUUAUACCACAGCAUAAAUUUAGGUUGUUAUAAUAUUUAUAUUGUUGAAAAUUCAGCAGCUCGACUGCGUUGUGUUUGGGCCAGGCACGGGUGUACCAACAAUUGCAUUUGACACGACUAACAGCCAACCGCAUUUCUAAUUUUGUAUUUCUCAACCUUUUUUGACCGCGGGCCAUUUCCGAAGCGAAUACAUUUGCGGCGGAUUCACGCAACCAGAAGUAAGUUAACGUUGCUCCUAUAUAGAUUUUUUAUUUAGGUCAUUUCGAAAAGGAAAUAAUGUCAAAGCAAGGCCCCGCACUCACUCAGAAUCCAAUCACUAGAAGAGACUCAUCCCUGUUCGUCUCAUGGCGGCACUACACUUUGACUUUUUUCAAAGAGCUAUGGUUUAGAACUUUUAAGCACAAUACACACCCAAGUAAUUUUAAUCUUCAUGUACUUGUUCGUGUAAUUUUCACGUACACAGGGUGUCUCAAAAAUAAGUAGACACUUUUAAUUUUGAUUUUCUUUCCAGGUACUCAUCAUGGAGCUUUCAUUUCUUCAGGAGAUAUAGUAAGAAUGAGUAGUAAAAGUGAGCUAUUGUUUGUACUUACUUUUGAGACACCCUGUAUACAUAUAUAUUUAUUUGAAAAAUAAAAACAUUUGUAACGAAAUUAGUAGAAACACAUUGAAUUUGAAUUGGAGCCAAAUCACAUAUAUAUAUCGUUACCUCAGGACGAUUUUUUAAAAUUAACCAAGUAUUAUUGUAUAAUUUAGCUUUUUUUUCGGAAUGCGUGGUUUUAUUUUACAUCGUAAAAACGGUAAGUAACACCGAGCUAUGAAAUUCCAUAGGUGUUU